UGACCUAGGCAGCACUCUGGUCUGACCGCUGUGGAACAUCAUGCCAAGUGGGUGUAUGUACGAAAGUCGCUCAGGAGCAACACCAUCCAACUCCCUUGUAGCAUAACAAGCAAACAAUACCCAUUCUUAACGGGACAACUAUGCCCCUUUCUUCCGCCUCUCUCGCGAACUCCGCGACCGUGUCUACCACUUCGCCCUCCUCAACCAAUACACAUCAUUCGAUGAAUCCUGCGUCCAUUUGUGCGUCUCGUACACGCGAGACGACAGGGUCUAUGAAGAGCGAAAGGCCAAGAACCUCGAGUGGCUGCUGACUAGCCGGCAAAUUCUGUCAGAAGGCCUCGAGCAGUUCUAUGCGCACGCGACACUGUGGAAGCACUCUAUCGUGCGGUACCCCAAGUAUUCGUCCCAGGAACUCACGCUGGAUGGAAGGAGUGUGUUCGACCUGGGACGCAUCCGGGCUGCAGGCCUGAGCGUGACAAUGGGGAGAACGUGUUUGAUGGAUGAGUACGAGAACAAUUACGAUGCUAUCGUGCCUCGGGGGAAGGAAAAGGACGACUUUGUGGAUGAGGAUUUUGGGGCGUUGGGGAGGGCGAUUGGGCUGCCGGAGGCAUGCGCGUUGAAGGUGCUGGAGCUGGAUGUGCAUUUGUUUAGGACUUAUGAUCAUAGUAAGGAUUGGGAGGCUUCCGGGAGCCGAUUCGUGGUUAACUUCGGGGGGAACGGCGAGGGCGAGGGUGGCGAUGAAGAUGGAGAUGAGGACGACGAUUUCGCUUCCGAGGACAGUUACGACGAGGGUUACUGGAAUAAAUACGGGACUAAUCUGUCCCACCCCGAGGAUGUGACUGGGUGCGUUGCCGAUUCCAAUUUCCUGAAGAAUCUAGGAACUUUCUGGGAGAAAGUCAAGAUCAAGUAUACGCCAACGUAUAUGGAGGGGUAUUGGGGCGAUGGCGACCCGGUAGAAGCGAACGUCCUUGCGGUUCUAAUAAUCGAGGAGAGCCUUGCGGAGACGGCUAAGGAACUAGUUGGCGGAGAGGGCUGGGCCGUUCGAGAUAGUCUAGAGGACGAGUGCGUUAGCAGCGGUGUGGGUGUUGGAUGUCGAGAGGAAGACGGGGGCGGAGAGGACGGGACGUCUGGAGCAUGUUGGGCUGCACAAUUACCUGGCGCCAUGUGAUAAGUGCAGGACGCGACAAGAGAAGUUUCGGCGGGAACCCGGGGAGCAUGGAAUGGUUAGAUUUGUUGGGGAGAAAUGUGGGGCGUGGGUCGAAUUCGAGACGCCGGUAUUCUGGGACGGAGUCGUCGAAGAUGCGUGAGUUCGGUAGAUCAGAAGCU